AUGAGGGCUUCUCAGGUUUUCAUCGUUUUUAUUACUUUGGCAUUAGCCAUUCCCUUUGGCAUUACUUAUGAUCCAAGUCCACUCCAAGACUUCUGUGUGGCCAAUAAGAAUCUCAACAAUGGCGUUUUCGUGAACGGUAAGUUUUGUAAGGAUCCGAAGCAAGUGAAAGCAGAAGAUUUCUUCUACUCGGGCCUCAAUGUAGCCGGAGACACGAAUAAUGAUGUCAAAUCCAACGUGACAACAGUCAAUGUUGAGAACCUUCCAGGGCUAAACACUAUGGGAAUAUCCUUGGUUCGCAUAGACUAUGCGCCAUAUGGCCAAAACCCACCUCACACGCACCCUCGUGGCACUGAGAUCCUUGUCCUUAUCGAGGGAACGUUAUAUGUUGGUUUUGUCUCUUCAAAUCAAGACAACAACCGUUUAUUCACCAAAAUUUUGCAUCCCGGCGAUGUCUUCGUGUUCCCCAUCGGAAUGAUUCAUUUUCAAGUGAAUAUUGGGAAAACCCCUGCGGUGGCCUUUGCAGGUUUGAGUAGCCAAAACGCUGGUGUCAUCACAAUCGCAAACACUGUGUUUGGAUCAAAGCCUCCGAUUAAUCCAGAGUUUCUGGCUCAGGCGUUCCAGUUAGAUGCUAAUAUUGUUAAAGACCUUGAGGCCAAGUUUGCAUCAAACAAUUGA